GAAUAAGAGUUGGUCAAAACCAGUGUAGCAAGGAAUCAGCUAAAUAAUUGGCUUCUCUCGGAAUAAACUGAAAAGAAAUUACUUGAACGAAAGAAACAUGUUUAUAGGUUGCAGCAGAAUAGUUCUUAGUUCUUGCUGUGGUGGAGGCUUAUCUUGGAGUAUGCGGGUUGUGGUUUAUAAAUUGGACUAAAUAUCAAGUCCAAUCUUCACAUAUAGCUUUUGAAAGUGUCUCUCUCUCUCUGAAGAAAACAUGUUCAGGAAUACUAAUUAGUCCCAAACUAUUUAUAGAUUCUACUUUCUAGCAAUACUUGGAAAUAAAAGCUGUUAAAGUGGGUAUUUUGGUUUCUUCUCUGUCGUGAUUAGUCGAACUCUUGACCAUGAAGACACUAUUUAUCCUUGGAUGUCCAUCUGAUUUACUAGUUGAGUUACCGAUGUUGGAUUCGAGGCCAAAUUUUGGAUUCCUACUAAAUAUAGUUUCUAACAGAUGAUAACAUAUUUCGCGAUCGGUCUAGAGUUACUGAAGAAAACCCCAAUCACCUUAAAAAAUGUAACAAGCUCAUGUAGAGGUCAAAUACAUCUUCAAUUGACGUACGAUCUUACGCAGACCGCAUAUAGCAACAUCUUCGGUGGCUUAAAGACAUUUCCAUAAAUCUGUAUAUAAUAUUAAAUGUAUCUUAGUGGACAUACCCCACUCGCAUAUUAUAUUGUCACCACCAUCGAGCGUAUCAUAUUCAUAUACACUUUAUAUAUAUUCUCUAAUUCGCAUAUCCUCUAGACUCUUAACCAACAACAAACAACAACAAAAAAGCUUGAAGAAAUAAAGAAAAUGAUAAGGGAAGAAUGUACUCCAAGUUCGUCAUGGUGGGAAGAUGUUCAUCAUGAUGAUCAUGCAAGCUCCAUUUCAACUUCUUUUUACCAUAAGAAUAGUAAUGGUAACAAUAAUAAUAACUCAACCGCAAACUGUGAAGGAGACAAUCUCUCGAUCUCAACGGUAAACACUUCAAAUCGUUUUGACCUAACCGCUGAAUCAUCCAGUCGUCACUCUCUCUCGGCUCCGGAUCACCCUGCUUCCACCUCCGAUGAGUUGCUCCGAGACCACGUCGUCUCUUCUAAUAAUCAUCUAUGGAGUCUUGCCUACUUGCCUGGUAGAAGCUUAGGAGAUCAAAUGCUGGAUCAUCAUCAUCAUAAUAAUCACAUAACAUCUUCAAGAAAUAAUUCAUCAACAACAUCAGAAUUACCUUUUGAGCCAGUCUGCGAUAACGCCAACGGUUGGAUCUACGACACAAACCAAGUAAGGUACGAUCAAAGUAGCGAACAAAGGCUGUCAAAGUUGACGGAUCUCGUAGGCAAACACUGGUCGCUCGCGCCACCGAGUAAUCCCGACAUGAACCAUAACCUUCAUCAUCACUUUGAUCAGACAAGCGAUGAUAUUUCUAUGUACAGACAAGAAUUGGAAGUGAAAAAUGAGGAAGAUCUUUGUUACAAUAAUGGAUUAAAUGGUGGUGCUUCGUUGUUUCGUGAUGCUAUAGAAAGUUCAAGAAGUUUCCUUGAUAUAAGGUUAAGCAGGCCACUAACGGAUAUUAAUCCGUCGUUUAAGCCAUCCUUUAAAGCCUUAAGCUUAUCUGAGUUUGGCAAGAAAGAGCAUCAAACGGCAUCACUGCUAUUUUCGCAGGCAACUGUGAGGUUGGGACCAACAAACGCCGGGAAGAAGAAAAGAUGUGAUGAAGUCUCCGAUGAGGCCUCUAAGAAGGCCAAGUGCGGCCGCGAUUCCACACAUUCGCCGGAUAAGGAUUUACCCAAAGCCAAGCUUCGAGACAAGAUCACGACUCUACAGCAAAUUGUGUCUCCCUUUGGAAAGACGGAUACUGCUUCUGUGCUUCAGGAGGCCAUCACAUACAUAAAUUUUUAUCAAGAGCAAGUAAAGCUGCUAAGCACUCCUUAUAUGAAGAACUCGUCAAUUAAGGAUCCAUGGGGAGGAUGGGACAGAGAAGAGUACAACAAAAGAGGACCGAAACAUCUAGACCUAAAGAGUAGAGGCCUUUGUUUGGUUCCUAUUUCUUGCACCCCAGUCGCCUACCACGAUAACAGUGCAACUGACUACUGGAGUCCCUCGUAUAGAGGUUCUUUGUAUCGCUGAUUAUGAGCACAAUCAACUGGUAUGUGAAAAGAGACCGAUUUGAUUAGCGAUAAACCAUUUGAAACAUCUAUCGGUGAUUUUGCAGUGGAGCAAGCAGUAGAAAAAAGAACAUUAUAUGUAUAUAUACUAUACAUAUUAAUCACUGGGGUCGUAGUUAUAUGAUUUGCAGAUGUUCCGCUUAAACAUGUAUUAUAGCCUUAUAUUAUACAAUAAUAUUGGGGUUUGAUUUAGAUAUGUUUGAUUUAGAUAUAAUACAAUGUAAUACAAGAUUAGUUUACUUAUUACAAGGCUUUAUGGCUUUAUAUA